UCUUACAAUUAUCACAAAAUCAAUUAGUAGUUAUAUCUUAAUUACAAUAUAGUUUCAAACAAGGAAAAAAAAUGGGAUCAAAGGCAUUUAUGCUUAUUGUUUUGGCUAUUUUUCUUGUGAUAACCUCAGAGGUUGCAGCUAGGGAGUUGGCUCAACGAUCCACCACUUCCUUGGAUAACGAACAUGCAAAUGACGCCAAACUUCUAGGAAUAGGAUUUCAAGGAUAUUUAGGAGAUGGAAUAGGAGGACUUCCAGGAAUGGGAGGACUUCCAAGAUUCGGAGGACUUCCAGGAAUGGGAGGACUUCCAAGAUCAGGAUUUGGAGGACUUCGUCCAGGAAUAGGAGGAGUCGGAUUUCCAUGGGGAGGAUAUGGUGGUGGUGGUGGAUAUUAUGACGGUUAUUCAAGAGGAGGAUAUGGUGGAUUUUAUCCUGGUGUUGGUUAUGGCGGAGGAGGAUAUCCUAGAGGUGGUUGGUAUGGAGGAUUGCCUCGCAACUAAUUAAUUAAUUGCAUACUAUAUAAGGAAUAUUUAUGAAUACCCUUCUAAUGUAUCAGUUAUUGUAUUCACGAUAAAUAUUGAGUAGCCAAGUGCUAUUCAUAUAUAUAUUUGUAUUGUGUGUUUAAUAAAUAGGUAGUAUAGUUUUGUUGUUGAAAGUAUGAAUAAAUAAAUGUAUCAUAAAUCUCCAUUCACUUACUAUGGAUGGAUGGUCAUGAUCAUGUAAUGUUUCUUUAAAUAAUAAAUAGUUAUCAGAGAAUUUAAUUUCU